AUGGCUGCUCAGCCCCCCAAGGACGUCCUCAGGCUGUCUGCGGAGGAGGUGGAGGCCCUGAAAGUCGCCUUCGAGCAGGGGAGCCUCCCGGCCACCGCCUCCAAACUGCAGGAGAUGCUGGUAUUCCUGGAAAGUGUCCGGCUGGAUGUGGGCAUCACGGGCGAGGCGGGCUCCGGGAAGUCGUCCUUUGUCAACGCGCUCCGGGGGCUGGGCGAUGAGGAUGCAGGAGCCGCCCGCACCGGGGUGGUAGAGACCACGCGGGAGCCAACUCCGUACCAGCAUCCCCGCUAUCCCGGCGUGACCAUCUGGGACCUGCCGGGCAUCGGCACGCCUGGCACCCCCCCGGACACCUACCUGGAGCAGGUUGGUUUCUCACGCUACGACUUCUUCAUCAUCAUCGCCUCGCAGCGCUUCACGGCCCACCACGCCGCGCUGGCUCGCCACAUCCAGGGCACGGGCAAGAGCUUCUACUUUGUCCGCUCCAAGGUGGACAUGGACCUGACCUCCUCCCUCCAGCGCCGGCCGGCCAGCUACAGCAAGGCGGGGGUGCUGCAGACGAUCCGGAAGGACUGUGAGGAGGGCCUGCGAGCCCAAGGGAUCGAAUCACCCAGGGUCUUCCUGCUCUCUGCCUUUAAGCUGGGCAAGUACGACUUCCACCUCAUGCAGGAUACCUUGGAGAAGGAGCUGAGCCACCACAAGCGGCGUGCCCUCCUGCUGGCCCUGCCGGGCCUCUCCCGGCACAUCCUGGAGCAGAAGAAAGCUGCCAUGCAGGAGCACAUGUGGCUGGUCUCCACCGUGGCCUGUGGCCUCCACGCCGUGCCCAUCCCAGGGCUCCUCGUCUCCUGUGACGUGGACCUCCUGGCCAGGACGCUGCAGGGCUACUGCAAAGGCUUCGGCUUGGACCACGACUCCCUGGAGAGGCUGGCAGCACAGACGGUGCAGCCAGUGGAGCAGCUGAAGGCCGUGGUCCGGUCGCCCCUGGCCAGCGAGGUGUCUGGCAUGCUGGUGGUGCAGCGGCUGAAGGACGUGGGGGUUGAGGCCCCCACGCUGGCUCCCAACGUGCUCACGGCCAUCCCAGUGCUGGGCUCCGUGGCCUCCACUGCUCUGUCCUUUGCCACCACGUACAAGAUGCUGAGGAACUUUGUGGACGACGUGGCCGCUGAUGCCCAGAGGCUGCUGGUCAUGACCUUCAGGGUGGAGGCCAAGGAGUGA